GUCACGAGCUGCUCCGCCUGUGAUUGGUUGGGUCUCCAGUGGGGUUUUAGGUGGGGUGUGUUGUUGCCUGCCAUCUGCAACAUCGCCAUUAGAUGGCACUAGAUCUCACUCUGUAAACGAGGGAAUGUUGGCCUGAAAUAUGUCAACAACGCAGAUCUACACAUCAUGCGCACGCAUCACGACCGCCUCUGGCUCCGCCGGUGAAGUAAAUCCAUGCGCUUUAGAGUCCGUGGCGCUGGCCGGCGCACGAGCCUCGUUUUCAUUCUGACGUCACAGCAGACGGAGGGGCGGAAACGACACGUUUGACCGGCUCUGUAUUUUAUUUUUAUUUUUUUAUCUUAUUAUUAUUAUUGUUAUUAUUAUUACGAAGGCGAAGAGAGUCGUGUUGUUUCUAUAUCGGUUCCGGGUUGGAAUUAAAAAAACAAAAACAAAUUGUGAGUCAUCGGAACCUGCUGCUUCUCUCCCCGAUGAGCAUGAGCCUGACCACCGAGCCCCCCAACGACGCCCCCGCUGUCACAGGAGAGCCGGAGGGCAAAAUGACCGCGGUCGAGAAGAAGGAGGAGAAGCCGGACGCAGUGGCGCAGGACGAAGAGGAGGAGGAGGAGGAAGAAUACGUGGUGGAGAGGGUCCUGAACCGGCGGGUGGUGAAAGGCAGAGUGGACUAUCUCCUCAAGUGGAAAGGCUUCUCCGAGGACGACAACACGUGGGAGCCGGACGACAACCUGGACUGUCCGGAUCUGAUCGCCGAGUUCCUGCAGUGCCAGAAGACGGCGCAGGACGGGAAGAGGAAGGCGGCCGGAGACGCGGAGGGAGACGAGAGCAAGACGAAGAAGAAGAAGGACGACGCGGAGAAGCUCCGGGGCUUCGCUCGAGGUCUGGAUCCAGAGAGGAUCAUCGGCGCCACAGAUUCCACCGGAGAUCUCAUGUUCCUCAUGAAAUGGAAGAACUCGGACGAAGCGGACCUGGUGCCGGCGAAGGAGGCCAACGGGAAGUGUCCUCAGGCGGUCAUCUCCUUCUACGAAGAGAGACUCACUUGGCACUCGUAUCCCACGGAGGACGAGAAAAACUAAACACGAGGGUCCCGGGGGGGGGGGUUUAAACUCCAGAGGGGUUCUGGAGGGUCGAGCGAGACCUCUUUGGACCCCUUGGUCUUGGUGCAUCACUCAUUAGAUUCUUUUAUCUGGAUGUUCUCCGACUGUCUGAAUGCUUCAGCUCUGCUCGACUAAACAACUGGAAUGUAAAACGCAGUGUUCAUUUUCAUCAGAGUGCCUUUUAAAAAGAUCACUCCGUGGUUCAUCGGUGCUUUUCGGAGGUCCGUCUCGGUGAUCCCGUUCCGUCUUUGUUCCAUCUUUUUGCCGUCUUUGUUCCGUCUUUGUCCCAUCUUUGUCCUGUCUUUGUCCUGUCUUUGUUCCGUCUUUGUUCCGUCUUUGUUCCAUCUUUGUUCC